GUACAUUACAUAGUUUUGCAAUUGAGUUGGCAGGGAGAGAGACAACUGUGGCCCAGUGAAGAAGCAGAGAGAAAGGAAGAUUCAUGUUACUGACAUUGCAUUCCGCAUUGCCAUUGCAGCUGUAAUACACGCGCUUUGCUUUCCCCCUUUCAUUUUGGAAUCUUAAAUGUUGUUUUUUCCGUUGAACUCAUUCAUUGUACUUUAGUUGUUAUUAGGUUCCAUUGUGUGAGUUUCCUAGGUUCCUGACACUGUUUUAAGGUGGUGGGGUGUUUGAUGUUGGAAUAAAGCUGUGACCUUUCCACUAUGAUUUGAGGAUGUUCCCUGACUCAUCUUGCCACUGUUGCUGAACCAUGACAAAAAGGGUAGCAUCUUUUUUCUGAGAUACAGAAAUAGUAUUCCAUGUGUUUGAUGAAAUGUAAUAGUCUUAAAGGAGCUUCCUUGAAGAAAGAAGGAGAAGAAAAUAAUCCUCCUUUUGUUGUUUUUCUUCUUUUGAAGUGAUUGGAUUGGUGGAAAACUAAAACAGGCCAAAAGGGUUUCCUUAUUUCACCUUGUGUGUGGGGUUCUAAAUUUGCUUUUUUAGACUCUUGAAUUUAUGUGGAGUGAAGAACCACUAAAGUUCCUUUGGGGGUGCUUUGCCUUGAUUCUCUUUGUUGGCCAUUGCCCUUGGUCAAACGUGGUAGACUGGUAGUUAAGGGUAUCUUAUAUAAUCUGUGUUGGAGACAUUAGAAAUAACAGGAUCUUCCUUCUUUGUUACAUCUAAAUUAGGGAUCAAGCUAACUAGCUGCUGAUCAAAGACAGAACCAAUUAGGAUUUCUAUUUGUGGGAUUCAGUAUUAUCCCACUUAAGUUAUAGUUUGAUUAAGCACUGAAUGUUUGUACAAUUUGCAUAGUUGAUCUUCAAUGAGACCUUUAAAUUUAAGUCAGUAAAGUCUGAAUAGGUUGGCCUGAGGUUUUUUAAGGCAUAGUCAUAUUUGAGGUUUGGUCUGUAAAUUUGGUUACUUCAAUAUGUCGGAUAGUGUGCAAGAAGCGCGGUCGCUUGCCUUGACUCCUACAUGGUCUGUUGCCACUGUGUUGACCAUCUUUGUUGCUGUCUCUUUGCUUGUGGAGCGCUCCAUUCACCGAUUAAGCAAUUGGUUGCGGAAAACUAAUCGAAAACCAUUGCUUGCUGCUUUGGAGAAGAUGAAAGAAGAGUUGAUGUUGCUUGGAUUCAUAUCACUCCUACUAACAGCUACCUCAAGAAUUAUAGCCAAUAUUUGCCUUCCAUCAAAGUUCUACAACAGUGCUUUUGCUCCAUGCACAAGAUCUGAGAUCGAUGAAGAAAUGGAAGAUAAUGGCUCCGAAGGACGUAAAUUAUUGAUGGCUUUUGCUUAUCCAAGCUUAACUCGGAGGAUGCUGAAUGGCAUGAAUAGAAGCUCCUGCAAAGAGGGUUAUGAACCAUUUGUGUCAUAUGAAGGUCUAGAGCAAUUGCACCGGUUUAUUUUUGUCAUGGCAAUAACACAUAUAUCUUACAGUUGCCUGACGAUGUUGUUAGCAAUUGUGAAGAUUCAUAGUUGGAGAGUGUGGGAGGAUGAGGCUCAUAUGGAUCAGCAUGGAUCUUUGGCAGUAAUCACGAGAGAGUUGACAAUGCGAAGACAAUCGUCCUUUGUCAAGGUUCAUACAUCAAAUCCAAUGGCCAGAAAUAGUUUCCUCGUUUGGGUGACAUGUUUUUUCCGACAAUUCGGCCAUUCGGUGGUUCGUGCUGACUACCUUACACUUCGUAAAGGAUUUAUCUUGAAUCACAACCUCACAUUAAAAUAUGAUUUUCACAGCUAUAUGGUUCGAUCUAUGGAAGAGGAAUUCCAAAGGAUAGUUGGUGUGAGUGGCUUACUCUGGGGAUUUGUUGUUGCUUUCAUGCUUUUCAACAUUAAAGGAUCAAAUCUCUAUUUCUGGAUAGCUAUCAUUCCUGUCUCGCUUGUUCUUUUGGUGGGAACAAAGCUCCAGCAUGUUAUUGCAACGUUGGCAUUGGAGAAUGCCGGAAUCACUGGUUACUUCUCGGGAUCAAAGUUGAGGCCUCGCGACGAACUUUUCUGGUUCAAUAAGCCUGAACUAUUGCUAUCCUUGAUCCACUUCAUUCUCUUCCAAAAUGCGUUUGAAUUGGCUUCGUUCUUUUGGUUCUGGUGGCAGUUUGGUUAUAAUUCCUGCUUUAUCAGGAAUCACAUGCUUGUGUACUUAAGGCUAAUCUUAGGGUUUGCAGGACAGUUUCUCUGCAGUUACAGUACCUUGCCACUAUAUGCGCUCGUUACACAGAUGGGAACAAACUAUAAGGCUGCAUUGAUUCCACAGAGGAUAAGGGAGACAAUCCAUGGAUGGGGCAAGGCAGCUAGGAGAAAGAGAAGGCAUGGUAUGUUCGCCGAUGAUUCCACCAUUCACACGGACACGAGCACUGUACUAUCUCUCGAAGAAGACGAUAGAAUGGUUGAUAUCCCUGAAACUGGUACUGACCAUGUCACUGGAACUGAAGUAGAAUUACAACCCGUAGCAGCUGCUACGGCUACUCCUUCGCCGCCAGCUGCAAAUGAAGCUUCAAGUAGGGCUGCCACACCACUCCUUCGACCAUCGGCUUCAAUAUCUUCGUCGGGACCAUUCAGUUUGAGAGCAGAAUCUAUUCCAAGAUGUUCUUCUAUGCCAAUGCCAAGUGGAAGGUAAUGAGCAAUGAAUGAAAGGAAAAAAUAGCAGCAGCAAAGAAUAGUAAACGGGUACAUUAAUAAAAAUGGCUUUGUUGUAUAAUUCAGAAGCUAAAUUAUAAGGUGAUUACUUUUGGUUACAACAAAAAAAUGCAAUUUAGAGGGUUAGGUAUCAGGUCUCUUUUGGUUACAAACGGUUUUGCUAAUCCUUGUGCUAAGGGCAUUGGCUAAAGAAUCUAGAGUAUAAUACUUUUGAAGGAAAAAUAAAUUUCCUAGAAGUUUCAAAUGUGUUAAUUGCCUUAGAAAUUUUAAGAAAACUUACCCUUUAUUUUUUAGUCUCUGCCCUUAGAGCAAUUCUUUCCAAAACCUUUUACCAUUUACUAAUUUUGUGUGGGACAAAUGUAGAAUGGGAAAGAUUUGUGCUGUUGAUGAUGCCAUGUUGCGACUUUGUGGAGUAUAUGGACCAAGUAUAUUUGUAUAUUUAACCCUUUUUAUUAUGUUUUGAAAGAAUGUAUAUUAAGCUUUAAUAGAACUACAAAAUGGGAGGAAGCAAUCUUGAGAUUA